AUGGCCAAUACAAAGAGACUCUGCACCCUUGUGUUAAGGCUCCUGGCUGUGGCUGCUACCCUUUCGGCUGCCGUUGUCAUGGCUACAAGCCAUGAGAGAUCCAACGUCCUUGGAUUAUCUUUUGAAGCAAAGUAUAACCAUACACCAGCCUUCAGGUACUUUGUAAUUGCAAAUGCUAUCGUAACCGUAUACGGGUUUCUGGUCCUUUUUCUUCCUUCUAAGAGUCAGCUAUGGAGACUAGUCGUGGCCUUGGAUAUGGUGCUCACCAUGUUACUCACCUCAGGCAUUUCAGCAGCUUUGGCUAUUGGCAGUGUGGGCAGGCAUGGAAAUUCAUAUGCAGGCUGGCUGCCCAUUUGUGGCCAAGUCCCCAAAUACUGUGACCAAGUGAAGGGAGCUCUGAUCGCAAGCUUUGUUGGCCUAUUAAUAUAUGCUGUGCUGCUUCUUUAUGCCAUCCACGAUGUCCUAGAUCCUCUCUUGUUGCAUAAAACUUAG